UUAAAUCAUUUGUAAAAUUGCUUUUUCUUUCAAGGAUUAAGUAUUUUUUCUGGUAAUUAGUGCCAAAAGACAAACUUCUACCUAAGAAACCAUCAAGAAAUUAUUGAUAAAUUACUUUAUAUUAUAUUUAUAUUUUAAGUAAUACUGUUACUUUCACUCGUCAUGUGUACUCCAAACAUCAAGUUCCUUCUGAAUCAAAAUAAAACACAAUGCAAGAGAAGAAGGAGCAGUUAAUAUUUACUGUAAACGCUCCCAAUAGGUCACGCCCUGACAGGUCAGUGAAAAUCAGGAGACAGGUUUAGUCAUCUCCAUUUGAGCUGAAUACACUUAGUAUGAUGUUAUUAGCUAUAAUUACUCAGAGGCAUGUGACUGACAUUUACACCAUCCAGCUGGACUCAUCUGAUUUGGCACCAUGGGAGCAGAGCGAACACGAAACAAUGACUGCUGCCAUGUUAAGUGUGUCAACAACCUGUUGACGGAAAAUACCCGCGGAAUAAAUAUCCCGAUUCCUUCCUGCACAUGUGGUGUUGUGAUUAAUGGUUUUAAACAAAGCCAGCAGGACUUCCUAGAGGAAGAAAACGAGAGAAAGGGGGUAAACACAGCUAUGCAGAGACUGUCAGAUCAAAUUAAAUACAGAAAAAGACUGAGAAUAACUCCCAUUUCCUAUGCUGCUACAUACGGAAAGGUUACAGAGCCUGUCAGGGGAAAUUAAAUUCCUAGUGUCCUUGAACGCAGCUAAAUGCCACAAGAGAGCAGAUUAGAAACAAUAGCAAUAUUUAGAUGUAGAAAAUUUUUUUACGUGAUAGUAUUUAACCAACUGCUGUUGUUUUAUUUCUUUGUAGCAUUGUAGGAGUGUAAGGAGAACAAAGUGGAGGGGAGAGAAGGAAGGAGGGGAGAUAAAAAGAUGUAUGCAGUGAUGUCAGUCCGUCCCACUCCUAUUCAGUACAAAUGCUGCAGAGCAGGGCUGAGCCUGCAUACCACUGCUGAUCCCACACACACACACAAAGGCACACUCUUACACACCCUCACAUCACACACACUCAUCAUACCACACUCACAGAGGCGCUGGAGCUCAGAGCAGAGCUGGGAGAUGCUACCGGCUGGCAACCACUGACAACAGCAACCUUCAGAGCUCAGUUGAUCCGAACACACAGUGCCUUCACCCCCAGAGAGCCUGACACACUCCUACUGCACCGAGGAGGAGCCCUCGACAAAGGACACUACGGUGACCUCCAGUAGUUAGACUGCACCUGAUCCCGCAUCCUUCAAAGAAAAGGGAACCUGACUCUGGAGCAGGAAAAAGGAGCGAUCAUACCCCACUUGCUGAAACACGACCCACUGGACGGAGAGACAGAGGGGCUGACGGUCAUCUCUGGCACCCGGCGAGAAGAGGCAAGAUGCUGGCUAAAAUCCUUGAGGACAUGUGGGUGGAGCCCGAGGUGCUGGAGGCCCUCAGCGAGGAGCAGAAGAGGAUCCUCUUCUUAAAGAUGAGAGAGGAACAGGUACGCCGCUGGAGAGAGCGGGAGGAGAAGGACGAGAAGGAAGGAAGAGACAAUAUCGACACAAGGCCAAAGAAAGUUUACAACAAACAUGUGAGCUGGCUGCUCGGUCGGGAUGGAGACGUGAGCGUCAGUGUGAUUGGAGAGGUCGACGAGUUCAGAUCCUCUAAGCUCCUGCAGAGCCUCAUGAACAACAGAGUCCGCAGUGAUAAUAUGAAUGGCAUCCAGACAGCGGACUUGCUGCCAGGAAGAGAGGCCCAGCAGCUCGGCUUUAAGGAAGACAUCCAGCUGUCUCUCGCAGAUGUUAGCGAUGACCCAGCUUCACCAAACAGCCAGUCGUCUGAGGAGGACAUGGACUCCUGCAGCGCUGAUGACGACCUGAAGGACCCCGCAGAGGAUAGCGACGGUGAAUCAGGCAGCAGCACGGACAACCAUGGCGACUGGGUUCCUCUCUACAGGCCACAUCUUAGUAGCCAUAGCAACCUGCCGCCGCUCAAAGCCCAGCUGUCAGACACAGAGAGGACUGGCCUGCAGGACAGAGGUGACAAAACAAGAGAGGAGGGAAGAGAGAUUGUGUGUUGUGAAGAGAAAAAGUCUGAACACGGAGGUCGCGUGGCGCAGCUCAGGAAGGCAUUCACUGAUGAUCCACACAGCAAACCACCUGCCAACACCAAACCUCCUUUACCUGCCAAACCUGCUCACCUACAGCAAAGAAGCACACCUUUGAUCUACUAGGACCGAAGGUGUGUCCACCCUGCUAUGAGAGGCAGCGCCUUGUGUACUAGCGUAACGAGCCCUGUGCAGAAAAUAAUGGCUCAGUUCGACACUGUUGGACCAGACUCAGGCCACAUACGUGUGAAGAAAAGGAUUCUUACUUGAACCCUGAGCGGUGAACUGAGAUACACUUUGUUAGGCCUCGAUUCAAGGACCAGUGUGCAGACAGAGAAACGUCUGGGGGGGGUGGAGUGAGAGAAAUACUUGAAAGCUUUUGAACUGAAGUCAACCUGAAUGAUAAAAAUGAAGCAGCUUUGAUGUUGCUGAGUUCAAAUACGGUCACAUAGUUUCUGUGAUUGACAGGCAGACGCAGAAAAAGACGUCCGGAGAGACACAGACAGAAGACCACAGCUGAACACUUGUUCAAUGAGUGUUAAUGAAGUUUUAUUAUUCAGAUGUCAUAAGCAGAGGUUAUUGGGAACUGAAACAUUUAUUUGAUCAUCAUCAUAUUCAGGUCUUUCUGUGCUGUUCAAAAGGUUUAAACAAUUUUCAUUGUUGUCCAUGUUACUGAACUGUUUUAACACCAGCGUUGACAACAUCUUCAUCUAAUAUAUCAGCAACAAUCAAAAGGUACAGGGGUUUGGGGGAUAUACUGUAUAUAAUAAAAGGACUGAAUUCAUUGUAAAGGAUAAACAGACUGUUAUUAUCUAGUGCCUUUACCUUGAGGGUGGUUUUUUUAAACAUUUUAUAAUCCUUCACAUUCAUGUUUGAACACACACACACAUUCACCGAUCACUCUUCAGGAGCAGUUUGGGGUUUUUGUUUCUUGCUCAAGGACACUUUAAAAUGCUGUGAGGACGAAGUCGAAACACCAUAUUCACAAUAAUUGGAUAAGCAGCUCUAUCGCCUGAGCUACUGUGACCCCAUGUGUCCAAGCCAGGGGUCUCAAACUUACCACUGCUGGUAUUCAAGGUAUUUAAGGGAAAUGAUCUCCGUUUUCCACCAAAACCCGUUCGAGCUGGUGCCUGAUUUCAAACCAGUUCUUUGCGUUUCAGCAGCCAAAGAACUGGCUCUUGGCCAGGAAAAUUGGUUCCAGCGCGGCAUGAACACUUUGCUGGUGCCAAGAACCGCUUACAACAGGGGCUUGGGGGCGCCUUGUGGCCAGCCAGCUAUUUAUUUUAUUAGCUGUUUACCACUUUGAGCUAUAUGGCUAGCAUAGCUACUACUACCAAUUUCUCACAUCAGUGUUUCAUUCGUAACAUCAGUGUUAUGAAGAAAUGUGUUUGUAACUUUAAUGUUGCGUUCAAGGUUAGUAACAUUGCUGUGAUACUAACCUAUAACAUUGCUUGCAUAAUGCUAGCUAGCGAGCCAGCUAACGUAACCUUGGUAACAGAAGUUGGAGACACAUACAGUGGCUCUGUGGCCCAGCGGUUCCCAACCUGGGGGUCGAGACCCCCACUAGGGGUCACAAGGCCUUAAUGAAUUUAAGGAUUGUAAGAAAACUUAAAAAAUAUACACAAUAGGCCAAAAUCUCAGCUAUUCAAACACUAAAUUUGUAAAUACAAAAGCCUAUUAAGUAUGUUUGACUUUCAAAUAAAUGAAUAAAAAAACAUAAUAAAGUACAAAUUGUAUUAAAAGUUCCCUAAAAUUAUAAGGAAAACUUAUUUUUGAUGCAGGAAAUAAUCUGCUCAAAAUGUUACCAAAUCACUCAGAUAGGUUCACUAUUUGGGUUCAUUGUACAGUUUAUUAUCAGUGGUUCUGUACUGUUAUUGUUAUGCACUGAAUGUAAUAUGAAAUAUCCAUAAAAUAGGUCACGUAGUAAGUGGUCGUCAGUUUACUCUAUGAUAGAAAAGGGGCCCCUUAAGGAAAAAGGUUGGGAACCACUGCUCUAGCCUGUGGAAAAGCAAACUGGUUCUUGGAAGGUUUUUGAACCAACUCUGAACUGGCGCUAGUGUUAGUGGAAAAGGGGUAUUAUAGCAGGGUCGCUUCAACAUUCAAGUACUACCAGAAAGUGCAAUAUUCUGAAAAUACAGCACUUUCUGUAAAUUUUUAUAACAUAAUUUUAGGGUUAGGGUUAGGGUCUUUGUUGUUCGCAGCCACACAGCAAAUGAAACCUGAAACCUACUCCUUUCUUAUCAACCGUUUGGAUGCAUUUGCAGGCAUCUUUGACCUUUUCCAUUAAUUUACAGUGUAAAUACAAAUACAUAGUGUUUUUGCUUUAAUUGUAUAUGAAGGAGUGGUUUAAACUGAUAUGAAAAAAUUAAAUAAUAUUGGGCCAGAGGGAGGGGGAUGGGGAGAACAAAUUCACCAAACGGCCAGUUUUAUGUGAACAAGAUAAAAUGACGUAUAUAAUUUAUUAAUAUUGUGGGGGACUGAUGAAAAUGAUGAAAAUGAUGAUCAGUAAGAAACAAAACUAUGAGGUUAAAUAGCUGAGUCAUGUUUUAAAAUUGACAACAGAACCUAAAUAACUAUGCUCUUUUAAUAACUCUAUUAUUUAUUAGAUUUAUGAUUUGGUCCAGACUGAAAUAUCUCAACUACUAUUUGAUGAAUUACCAUGACAGUUUAUACAGACGUUCAUUUUAGCCAGUGGAUAAAUCUUAGUAACUUUUCCUAUAGUGGUAUCAUCUGGCUCAGUACUUUGAUUUAUGAUUUAAAUACCUAAUGACCUUCCCAUCAGCCUCUGCUGUGUGUGUUUAGUGCUAAUUACCUAAUAUUAGCAUUCCAACAUGCUAAAAUAGGAUGGUGAGCAGGGCAAAACAUUCUGUUAAAAGCAACACAUUAGCAUUGUCAUUGUGAGCAUGUUAGCACUACAUUAGCAUUUAGCUCAAAUGUAUUGAUGUAUUGUAUUGAUUGAAGUACAGCCUCAUCUGCUGAUGGCAGACUCAAGAUAAACUUUAAUGAAGUUAUUAGUUGUAUAUUAUAAGUUAUUUGUUAUUUUGUUAUUUGAUGUUGACCUUGUAGGUUAAUUCUUGACCUUGUAUAGCAGGUUACCAAAAACAUUCUCAUCACAAGGUCCACUCAUUUAGUUUAUUCAGAGCUAUGAGGCACAUCUCACAAUUGCUAUCAUAUGACCGGAAAUCCAUACUUAGGUCACAUGAGAACAACUAAAGCAUCUCCAUAACAAUUGAUGCAACUGAUACCAAAAUAUGUGGCUGAAAGCUGUGGAAACCAAGUAAAUGGACCUUUUGAUGGGACUUUUUUUGGUCAAGCAUCAUAUUUAAUACUUGGUUGCAAAUCAUUUGCAUUCAAUCACCCUCUAAAGUCUCGACACGAAGGCAUCAACAAACACUUUCAUUGUAAGCAUCUUUGCUUCUUGCUUGUUUUGGGGCCUUUUUGCCUUCGGUCUUGUCUUCAGUUAGUGAAACACAUGAUUAGUUGGACUGAGGUCAGUUGACAGGGGCAUGGUCAGGUGACGGAUUUGGCUAGGCAUGAAAAUGACACUUUUUGGCCCUUAAAACUUGCCAUGGCAAGUGCAACUGACCUGCAUAGUCAUAAAACUGGAAGGGCUGUGUGUAAAAAGAGCUCCUAUGCUGGUCAGCCAGCAGGGAUUUGGACACCCUCACACACUCCUACAGCUUUGAGUCAGCACUCUAACCUUAUUGUUUCAUUUCAAUUCAGUACAAACCUAAAAGAAUGGAAAAUCUGUCCCUGGCAGAGCUGGCAAAAGUACACACACUCUUUACUCAUUACUACUACUGUCAAGUAGAAGUGCACAUACUCUUUAUGUCGGGAAGGCGUGCAAUGAUGCAAAAAUUCUCCUCAAAUGCAUUAAAACUAAUGUGAAGAGCCUGUUUUAAAAAGUUAAAAAAUAAAAUAAAAGUAAAAUGUAUAUACCUGAAAAAGCUACAUAAGUACAGUAAGGAAAUAUUUGGACUUUAUUACUUCCCACCUCGUCCCUGGACAAAUAUUUAUAGACUGCAUUGUAGCUCUAAAGGGACAUCAGAUGCUAGAAACUACAGAAGAAUACUAAGAACACGUGUUGUCAUUUAAGACAUGUACCAGUAUUUAAUUUGUAAGAUUUGAAGUGUUUGAGCUGCAGUUACUACCUAACUAUUGGGUCACAUAUUCCCUUUACUUGGUCACUCAUUUAUUGCUAAAACUCUGCUCCUGCUGACACUUUAACUUUAUUUUAUUUCACCUUCUAUUUGUAUUUGCAUUGUGUGUUUGUCUAAUGAGUUUAUAUGCCGUUUGUUGGUGUGAGAAAGAACAAAUUAAUGCAAAUAAAAGCCUGAGUUGAUCUUGUU